CCUCUCAAAACCCCACAGCACUCUCUUUCUCUCCCCCAGAACACCUCACGAACGCGAGGGAGCUCCCAUCUCCAACCGCUCCUGAAUUCCUCCAUUCCUCUCCAUUUCUAGGGUUUCGGAUCCGCCUCUCGGCCCUCCCCUGAGGUCCAAUUCGCCUCUGUCCUUGCUUGAUCCGCGUUUCCUGUGCUCCUUCGAGGCGGAUUCGUUGCCAUUAGCGGGCCGUCUUUCGAUCUGAGGUCCAUGGGAGCUUAUGAUUCGAACCCCAGGAAGGACGCCUUCUACGGCCGGGAGCCCCGGCCGCCGUGGAUCCAGUCGACGGAGGGCGGGGCCGGGGUCGGGAACCUGGUCGACCGGUUCUCCGGCCUUGGCGUCAGCGAUUCCUCCAAAGAUAGUCUCUUCCAGGUGAUUAAGGCGGUGGAGGACGCGGAGAACACUAUCAAGCAACAGUUGGAAGAGAAUAAUCAAUUAAAGGAUGAACUCCUGCGGAAAACGCGAGAACUAGAAAGAUAUAGGUUGGAGACUGCAUCUCUAAGGCCUUCUUCUGAUGCUCUAAGAGAUGACCAUUUUGUGGAUCCCUACAAACAUCAUCACUCAAAUUCUCCAGCAGGAAAUGAAGUAGAUAGGACAAGAUGGGUGGAUAUUGGUUCUUCACUGAAUCCCCAAGGUACUCUAGUCAUUCAUCAGAAUGGAAUCCCUGAAAGUGAGGGGCCUCCUUUGCAAAAAAGCACAGUCAACCCACGCUACUCUGAGAGCAGCAAGGUAAAUGGAACCUUGAAAAGUUUUCAUGGUACACAGAGUGGUGCAGAAACUACUGGCCUAUCUCAGCUCUCUAUGCCUUCUUCAACAUCACUCUCUCCAAGCAGGCACGGGAAGGAGGUAGAGCUUGAUAUGAGGUUCACUUCAUCUGGACAUGGGCUGAUGCCAGUAUCUGAAAUCAGCUCAAAUGUUAUGUGGAAACAGGAUCUUAUUAGUAAAGUUAGAGAGCGUGAAGAAGAGAUUGCUCAGUUAAGAAAACAUGUUGCUGAUUAUUCAGUGAAGGAAGCACAAAUACGCAACGAGAAAUAUACUCUAGAAAAACGCAUUGCUUAUAUGCGGUUGGCAUUCGAUCAGCAACAGCAGGACUUGGUUGAUGCUGCAUCAAAAGCCCUUUCCUACAGACAAGAUAUAAUUGAGGAAAACAUUCGUCUAACAUAUGCAUUGCAAGCAGCACAGCAGGAAAGGUCUACGUUUGUCUCUUCUUUGUUGCCUCUUCUUUCAGAAUAUGGCCUUCAGCCUUCUGUACUUGAUGCUCAAUCCAUUGUUAGUAAUUUGAAGGUUUUGUUUAAACAUUUGCAGGAGAAACUGAUCAUUACUGAGGAAAAACUAAAGGAGUCUCAGUACCAGCUAGCUCCGUGGCAUGCAGAAUCAUCAAACAACACAAGCUUUCCUCCACAAUCACCUUCUCAUCCUGUUGCUGCAGUGGUGGCUACUCCUAACAAGAAUAGCCUUGAAAUUGUGCCGCAACCAGCAUAUUCUCAUGCACAAUCUCCAAUUUCUUCUCCUUCCAACAUUCAAACAAGAGUUGACUGGGAGGUACCAGGGAACCAAAAUCGGCAAACUGGUCCAAGUGGUCUCGCUACAAAGAAUCCCGACCAUGAUAUCUUGGAUAGAACCUCUCCUCCCAUGAGCAGGAAUAACAUUGCACAAGAUACUACAGCUCGAGUUAAUCAAGGUGAUUCUCAUGGUGCACAUAUUAGUGCUGAGUCCAAAAAUCAAAAUCCAUCUUUCAAGGACCUUGUCAAAGGCAACGGCAUGGGGGAUUCUGAGGCAGCUGGAGUCCAGCAUGGCAGAGAACCCUCAAUUCAGUGGGCUUCCAGCAAUUCUCCUUAUUUGUCAUCCGGAAUGGAAGACCCGAACUCGUCUUACCCAUAUCUUCCACCAGUCCUUGAGGAGCCCAGUUCUUCAUUUUCUGAAGCUGCGGAGGAUGAUCCUCUGCCAGCAGUAGAAGGGCUUCGUAUUUCAGGGGAAGCCUUUCCAGGAAGAGAACUUCAAGCCAGUGGGUACUCCAUCCAUGGAACCACUAGUUGUAAUUUUGAGUGGGUACGCUAUUUAGAAGAUGGAUCUGUGAAUUAUAUUGAAGGAGCGAAACAACCCACAUAUCUUGUAACUGCUGAUGAUGUGGAUUCAUACCUUGCCAUUGAAAUCCAACCCCUGGAUGACAGGAAGAGAAAGGGUGAACCUGUAAGGGUUUUUGCCAAUGAGCAAAGAAAGAUAACUUGUGAUCCUGAAAUGCAAGAACAGAUUAAGAAAACUCUUUCAGUUGGACAUGUGUCUUUCGAUGUUUUAUUAGCGGCUAGAUUUCUAGAUAUAUGGGAGCGUGCUAUUUUGGCAAUCAAGAGGGAAGGUUACAGCAUAAAGUGCAAUGGGCCACGUGGUGUUGUUGUUACAGAGAAGUUUGAAGCAACUACUACUAUUAAUAUUCCAUAUGGACAUCCUACUGAGUUUUCAAUUCAAUGUGCUAAUGGCUCUGAGUAUCUCUUAAAGACAGAAGACAGUAGCCCUAUUUCUAGGCUUGUUCAGGAGACACAUUAUCCAAGACAGGAUUUUUCAUGGUUACGAGAUACGAUUGUGCUCACCAUGAGACUGUUUAAAAUGAUGGCUGUGGAGAAGAGGAAAGGGAGGAAAAAGGGUCGGUUCUUCAAGUAGAUUUCAGGAACCGUGCAAUGCAAGAUUCGCUAUGAAGUAGACAUGUAAUUAUUAGCCUGUAUACAUUUAGAUGUGUAUAUUUCAUGAGAAAGCUGCAGCCAUUGUACCACCAUUGCCUAUUUUUCAAGGCCUUUAUUGAUGCAAAACCAGUAUAAUUCUUUUCUCCA